CAACACAAAACCAAAAAUCUGCUUGGUUCUGCAAAUCCUACCAGUGUGGGUACGGCACAGAGGCUUCAAGGCAGAGUCAACCUGUUUAGUGCAAUAGACUCUAGCUGCAGCAUGCCCAUGCCAAGACGUAGAUCUUCAUUCUUGGGGCAACAGCCCUCUUCCUCCACGACUGAAAGCACUGGGGCUACCAGCCAAAGGUUAAGCAUUGGGGGUAGUGGCAGCCUACCUAGACCCCGAGGUGUCUAUGUGGGUAUUGUCCCCACUGGAGGUGUGAGCAGCCUAGGCACCCGCGUGUCCCGUAGAGCCCUAGGCAUCAGCAGUGUCUUCUUACAAGGUCUGCGCAGCUCCUGUUUAACUGUGCCAUUAGCCCAGGGGCUGGAAAAGGGAAGGGGCCUAUCCUAUGAGAGCCUGAAUGGGUGCCUGGUGGAGUACAUAGAGAAAGUGAGAGCUCUCGAACAGGUCAACCAAGAGCUGGAAGAGCACAUCAGAAUCUACCUGGAAAAGAAGUCAUCCAAUGUCAACAGCUGGGAAGCACUGAGAGAGAACUGGGAGACUAUCUAUCAUCAAGUGGGUGAUGCAGUCCUCGAAAAUGCACGCCUUAUGUUACAGAUGGAGAACAUUCAAGCCUGUGCUGAAGAUUUUAAAGACAGAUAUGAAAAUGAGCAGCCAUUCAGAAAGGCAGUGGAAGAUGAAAUUAAUUCCCUAUAUAAAGUGAUUGAUGAUGCUAAUUUAACUAAAAUGGAUCUGAAGCGUCAGAUAGAAAGCAUGAAAGAAGAAUUAGGUCUGCUGUCAAAGAAUCAUGAAGAAGAUGUGAAGAUGUUAUACAAUCAGCUUGCUGGAUCACAGCUGGAAGAACUGGAAGCUCCUAUUGGAACUGGCCUAGAUGACAUACUGGAAAAAAUCAGAAUUCACUGGGAGAAGGAUAUAGAGAAAAAUCGUGUUGAGACAGGUGCCUUGCUUCAUACCAAGCAAGCCACAGAAUCGGCACCUGCUGUACAAACCCAAGAGGAAGAACUGGUGGAAUCCCUGAGAACAGAGUUCCAUGAAACAGCCUGCAAAAUACAGAGUCUGCAAGCAGAGACUGAAUCUUUAAGAACUCUGAAAAGGGGUCUGGAGAACUCAUUGUAUGAUGCUAAGCACUGGCAUGACAUUGAACUUCAGAACCUAGGCUCUGUCAUUACCAAGCUAGAGGCAGAGGUGCGAGAAAUCAGAGCAGAAACUGAGCAGCAGCAGAGGGAUCGUGAAACUCUGCUGUCCAACAAAAUACAGCUGGAGAAGGAUAUCGCUGCAUAUCACUGUCUUCUGGAUGCAGAAGAAAGAAGGUAUUUCUUUUUAAAAUGGAGAGUAUGUCAUGAACACAGAACUUGUGAAUAACAUGAAUAAUAACCUUGUGCACUGUGGGUACGCGCUGAGAUCCCCAGAGACAACAGAACUGGCAUGGUCCACUGAGAAGUGUGCAUAGGUAGCUAGAUUUGAAGAAGCUGUACAGGGGAUGUACACCUCAAAUCCAACUCUGCAUAGGUUCCUAGUGCUUUGCAUUAGGUGCCAGUAGUGAGAGAGCAGGGCAGGGGAGGAGUAGACCAGGGCCAGUGGAUCAAAGAGCCUUCAUUUCCCAAAGC